UUUUGUUGCUGCGUGAGGAGCUCCUAGUGGAUAGCUGCUGGCUAAGUGGAUGGAUAAUGAAAGGAAAAGGCCUAUUUAUAGAGAACUGAUUAACUUAUUCAAGGUUCUAGGGUUAUGUUAUGUGUAAACAGAUGUAACUUAAUGGUGUUACAAUUUUGAUUUAUAAAAUAUAGUAUCAGUGAUUUGUUUUGAACAAUCGCUUCUAAAGUUGAAAUCAAAGUAAAUGUUACUGAGCAGUGAGAAUGAAGUGGUUGGAAUUGAAUAGUAUCUUUCAUUCUGCUGUAUAUUUUUGUCAUUAGUGAGUGACUAGGUUAACAGUGAAGACUACUUUUCAUGUGUUUAAAGUGUUUAUGUGAACUCAUCAGCGAAGCUAGUAAUGGCAUCACAUUAUACAUAUGACUGUGAACAGAGGCUUUACAAUGAAGAAGAAGAACGGCUUACGCUUGCAUUCGAAAAUUUGGAUCACAUACCACCCUCAAUAACUAAUCAUUUUUCCAGUACUAUUAAAAUUCUAGACCUGAGUCACAACAAUUUCAGUAAUUUGUCUUUCUUGCAACACUUCCCCAUGCUGACCUCUCUUAUAUUGGACCACAAUCUGGUAAAUUCGUCAACCACAUUCCCUACUAUGCAGCAGUUAAAGAUUCUCUGGCUCAACCACAACCGGAUAUCUCAGCUGUUUCCUUUCAUUCAACGAUUGAGGGCUGCAUUUCCCUCACUAAUAUUCCUCAGCCUCAUGGCAAAUGAAGCUGUUCCAGUCAAUGUUGAUGGCUCCACCUUUUAUCAACACUUGCAGUACAGGUUGUUUGUGGUGUCAUGGUUCCUGGCUCUUGAACACUUGGAUGAUCAGCCUGUUACAGAGGAUGAGAGAAUGGAAGCUCACCGUCUCUACAAGCGACCUCUGUUAGAGCGACUGAUAAACAAGGAGCCUGUGAGAAAAAAUUGCUAAAAGUUUGAGUGGCGUUUUAGGCUUGGUGCAGAGACAUAACCAAUCAAGUGGUUUAAAAUCUUCUUUUGUUUGAAGAUUUUGAGGCCCAAAAACUUUAAUUCAACAGUAUUGUUUAUCGUUUAUUGACAUUCUUUUUUUUUACAUUAACAUAGAGAUAAAAACAAGUGUCAUGAAAAUAUAUUGUUAAAAUUCAAUAGUUAAACUAAGUCAGUCCAUUGAUAAAAUUCAUAAAGUUGGUCAUUGAAUUGAAAGUAAUCUAGGUUCAACCUGGAGUUCUUCUAAGCAUAGGUAGACGAUAGAUACGACGAUGCUCUGCCACUAUUGACUGUUGAUAUGGAUGGUGCUUGAUGUAAUAAAGCCGGCAAAAGCCGGUCACCAGAAUCUGUUUGGUUGUAGUUUAAUGAGGAUCUCUGUCAGUAAGUUUUAGUUCAAUGUUGUCCAAUGGAAAUUUAGAGUCCAAGGGAUGGCAAUUUUACAGUUCCAGCUAGUGCAAUUCAGAAAACAAUGUGAAACCUUUCCCAACACAUUAGCAGUUUGCCUUUAUAGAUAUCAUUUUUUUAACUUGAUUUAAUUCUGUUCAGGGUUAGUGGUUUGUGACAUUUUAAUAUUUUAUACCACUGAAUUUGGAAAGUACUGAGCCCUAAAAUAAUAAAUUAAGAGGUAUGUGAACCUUUUAGGAAAGAAAGAAAACAAUACUGUAAACCAAAAACCACUGCACCGUGCUGGGACAUUUAGGGAGCUGGCGGGGCAGGCAGCUUUGAAGAAAGUAAGGUUCACUGUAAUUCUUCUGCACCUAUUCAGUGUUCACUCUAUCGUAGUCCCAAGCGAAGAGAGCGAGAUAACCCCAUUCUAGAAUAAAAUAGACAACCGUAUAAGUACAGACAGUUAGAAACUACAGAAAGAUCCAGAAAUGAGGUUAGACACCUAGCAUUAGCAGACAACAAGACCAGUCGUAGCCAAGAUUAGAAAAAAAGGCUCGGCACAGCUACUGGCCUGACCACUGACCAAAAAAAUAAAAGCGGCAGAUGCCACAUCCUCCCCCUCUACUCCGGGGAGUAAAAAGAAAAGAAAUAAAUCUCUCAAAAUGUUAAGAUAAGUGAAAGGAAGGAGAUAUUUAAAACUACAUUGAUAUCAAUGGUUCAAAACACUGUCGUCAGCAAACAGCUAGAACUUACAUCAGUAUGGAUCUCCUGCACAAAGAGUGCAAUAAGCGAAGACUAGCAUCUAUUUUGACUGACCACUCCAGUCAAGAAUAAAAUUACUAUUUAAAGAGGCGGGAGGAGAAACCUAGUGGUAGUAAGAUUACUUAAACAGUCUUGUAGUCUCAGUGGUAGCUACCAUUAUUUAAAAGAUCGAAAGUGUUGACAUCAGGUUGGGUAUUCCUUCUUACAAGUAUCCAAUACACUUGGUGGUAAAUUCUAAAAAAGGUUUUCCAGUAAGGUUGGGAAGGAAAACCUUUUUUCACACAGCCAUUGGCAUUUCCUAAGUCUCCACCAUCUAGGUAUUUCCACUCCGGAACCCAAGGGCCACUUAGGUACCCAAAUGGAACCCCGAAUUGGUGGUUGGAAUGCCUUUAACCACCAGGAGAGUAUUACUCCAGAAUUAAAAUUCUCUAAUGUUUUUGGAUAGGAAGAGUUGUAAGGAUGAAGAAACCACCUCAAAGCAAAAUUAAGUCUGAACAAUUGACAACCAUCAUAUCAACAGACCUGAGCUUGUGUUGGUAAUAGAACAUAAGUAAAAACCGAGUACUGGCAGAAAUAAAAAAUGGCCUGUAGUCUCCUCCCCCUACGGAACGACAGAGAAAAAAAUGGUGGCUAGUGGGAUAAAGUUUAAGAUAAAGAUAAAGUUAAGAUAAAGGGCAAGAUAAAGUUUAAAGUUUAACUUUUCUGAUCCAUACUAGUUUAAACUUGUAAAAGUUCAAAAGUUUGUUUGAGCUCUAAUUAAGUGUUCCCAAAAGAAUUAAUAAUGCACAAUAAAAUCUUUAUAAAAUUAUCAGAGAAAGGAAAUUAUUUGGUUGUGGAACAAUUACAAAAAUACGCAAGAAAAGUUUAACUUUCAAAAAACAUUUUUGGCCAGACACAGUGUGAAGUGUGAAGCCAGUAUAAAAAAAAUUAGAGGACCAAAAACUAAAAGACUAAGGGCCCAAAAUCCAAAAGAACUAAGAGAAUAAUAACAAAUAAACAAGAUAAACUUUCAAGAGUAAGCAGUAAUAAAUAGCUAACAAUGAAAUACACAAUAAAAACAAAAUAUAUGAGCUGAAGCACCUAACAGCUUAAGAGACAAAAUAUAUAGUCUCUAAGACACAACAGGUUCCAGACACAUGUUUUCGAACUGUCUGCACUUGAAACAACUGGUCAGUGACAAGUUGUGAGGAGAAACCAAAAUAAGUGAACAAACCCUUGUGUAAAAGGUUCACUGUAGUGGUAGCGGUAGCAUUUUUAGCUGGCAAUGUGUAUUUAGAAUGUGUAUAUAAAAGCAUCAGUGUUAAAAACCAUUUGUGGCCUUUUUUUGUUCGAGGAAGGGGUCCUACAUAAUCCACAAACAUCCGGUGGAAAGGUCUCGUAGCCAGUUGAGAAGCUAAAUGUCCCAAAAUUAUUAAAACAAACCAAACUUAACAGAAUUAGGCCUAGGCAACCAUUGGUUGCAAGAAAUACUUGGCUCAGACCAGCAAACUGGCUAAAAUGCUACCUCAUAAUGUAGAGUGUAAAAAGUUUUUACAAAAAUAUUUUUUGAAUUAAAAAGAAGUAUCAAACUAUGAUUUAGCUCUCAUUGUUGACAAAACUUCUACUCGCUCCUUAGCUGUCCAUGUUAGAGAUCUGGUACGAAUAUGUGACACUACCAUUUCAUAUAAGAAAAUUGUUGCUUUUACCUGUCGUAAAUCACAAUAUUUUUAUACCAAGAACUUUUGAACAAAUAUAAAACACAAUUUGUAAAAUGUUCUACAAGUUGAACCAGACUGCUCUAUGAACUGAAUGUAAUCUUAGAGAAUAACAGUCUGAAUCAAGUGAAAAAUAUUCUGGGACCUGGUCUCUGCCUUUUGAAGAGUUUUCUGCAUAUGUUAUAUCUGUAUCUAUGUGAAUGACACAAAUUAUUUUGAACAAUUGGAUAUAAUCAGAGUAAAGUUAAGGAAAUUGUCGCUUUUACCUUUCUUAAAUCACAAUUUUUUUUAUAGCAAGAACUUUUGAAUAAAUCUAAAACACAAUUUGUUACAUUUUCUACAAGUUUAAUCAGACUGCAUCAUAAACCUAAUGUAAUAUUGGAGAAUAACAGUCUGAAUUAAGUGAAAUAUAUAUUUUCUUAGCUUUGGUACUAGAAAAAAAUUAUCUCAUAAUAUGCACAAACUGGGAAUAAAUUUUAUUAAGUUGUUGACUAAUGUGUAUUAAAUAUUUUUGAAGACAUAUUACAAGCCUGGCUGUUUGGCAGUACUAUUUAUUUAAAAAUGUAAAGAUAUCUCAAUUAAUAAUUUUAAUGUUAGUGCUAUAUCACAGUAAGCUAAUCACUCAUGUGAAGUUUAAACAAUAUAUCUCAGACCUAAGUGCAGUAAUUGCCAAAAAUCCAGGCUUGCAAUAAUAUGUCUCGCACUAUAUUGUUAUUGUUAAUGUGUAUGUAUAAAAAUAUAUAGAUAUAUUUAACUAUUUUUACUGAAGAUUAUGAAAAUUAUAUUUUAUUAUUAUUAUUAUUAGUUAUUUCUUUGAAAUUAUGUGUGUACUCAUUGUAUAAAACUGAAUAAAGGUGUUAUUGACUUUGACUUAA